ACUGUUACAACAAACCCCAAGGCCCCACUCACCUCUACUACAUCUGAAGAGUUGAAGAUGAAGCUCUGCUGUGCUGUGGCUGUUGCCGUCCUGGUGCUGGCUCUCUGCUUUCAGGGAGACAGCCAUACUGCCACCCCGCAGAAAUGCUGUUUUCAAUAUUACAACAGGCCGAUUCCUGCAAAGAGGAUAAAGGGCUAUACUAUGACCCAUGCCAACUGCCCCAAAAAGGGGGUGAUCCUCAGUACUGUCUGUAACAAAGUGCUUUGUGCUAACCCGAAUACCAAGCACGUCAAGGCAAUUAUGGAGAAAAUCGACAAUCCGUUUGGACAUCAGACCACCACCUGUUGACCCUGAGAUCAGCCUGGGUUAAAUCCAUGAACACGUCACGAACUAUACGCAUACGUAUAAACAGUUUGGCACGUGUCCAUCAACAUGUUCUAAAGAGAGGCGUCAGCACACCUGAAAUCCUUUUUUUCUGUGUUUUAUUCCAUGGCAGAAUUAUGUUUCAAUUAUUGAGGUCCUCUAUGAGAGAAUUACGAUUCGUUCGAAAUAUAAUUCUGUCAUGGAAUAAAAUAUACAUACAGUAUAUAUUUAAAAAAAAACAGAUUUUAAGUGCGUGGACUGUUUAAAGGUGCCCUUUGUAAUAUUUGUGGUUAUUUAUUUCCUGAAUUCAUACUGCCUUUUCACAAAUGUUAACCUUUUCAUGAAUAAGUAUUCAUUGACUGGGAAAAUUGCACUUUAUAUAGGCCUACAUGAAAAGGGGGAUGCCAUUUUGAAUUUAAAAAAAAAAUAGACAUUUGGAGCUACAAAACUUACUGUACUUUAGUCAUACUAGUAAAUAUUACUGUAUUAUUUUGUUAACAUUCAUGAAAAAUUCAUUUGUCAGUAGACAGCACGGUUUCAAUGAGCAGCAUAGUUGCAAUUCCUACUGUGGCCACCAUCCACAGUGCACCUUCAAGAUUUGAAUAUAUAUCUUCCAUCUCAAUUAAAUCCAUCAACACGCCAUCAGCUAAAUGUUCUUCUCUGAUAUGUUUUGGUAUUGUACAGCUCAAAAGAGUUACAGUGAAUUAAGCUAUGCAAUAUGCAUGCAGACGAUGUGCUCGUCACCGUCAAUGGCUUUUUUGCACAACUGUAUUUUUGUAAUGUCUCUUGUGGAUUUCUUCAUGAACCAAACAUGAGGAGAUUAACAUGACUUGAAUGUCUAAUACUGGUAUAUCAUCCUAAUAAAUAACACGUCUAUUUUGCU